AUGAUUGCCGUGCUCAGGCACGUGUUGCUGCUCCAAAAGGAUGUCCGAAAGGCAGCCAACUUCUAUCAGCAGGGGCUGGGGCUGCCUGUCAAUGUUCUGACAGAGAAAUGGGCCGAGCUGCAGGCUGGCAAUUCAAAGAUUGCUUUGAAAGCAGUUGACGGGGAGGCCUUCACUACUUGUGGCUACACCCCUUUCCUGGCGUUUGAAGUGGCAGAUCUGCAGGAGAGUGUGCAGCGUUUGCUCCAGCUAGGGGCCACCUUGGACGGCCCGAUCAAGUACCCUGCUCGAGGAAAGGUGGCUGUCCUGCGUGGACCUGAUGGGCACAUGCUUAGUCUGUUUGAGCCUGAAGACAGUGCUUGA